AUGAAUCCAGCUGGAAACCCCCCGGCCAACCCUGCGGCGAACCCUCCAGCGAAUCCCCCCGCCAACCCCAUCCACUUCGCGCCAGCGCCCUUCAACCCCAACCCGCAAGUGCUCGUCGGGGCGCCCAAAGCGGCCCCCGCCGCGGGGCCGGCGGGCCCAAAAAUGAAAAUCAACCAACCGGUCAACAUCCGCAACGACAGCGUGUACAAAUACCCCUACUGGGAAGAGCGACGGCGGGGACGGAAACGGAUAUUCCUGACGCACCGCGCGCUGGUGGAGUUCCGAGUACGAGAAUCCGAUCUCCACGCGAUAUUCCGCCAGCCGGAUUAUCAGGCGCCGCGGCCGGAGACGAAAUGCAAGACGGUGGAGGCUUUUGCGAGAUGUGGAGGGCCGGAUAUGAGUGGUUUUAUCAAUUACAACCGCGACCCCAAACACCAAUCCUACAGCCCGACUGAACUGUACAACUCGACAUCCAAAUACGAGAUGAACGCCGUGCAACACAUGCGCUCCAACGGGAUGAGCUGGCCCAGGCCCGGCGACUACAACCUGCGCCAGCCACCCUCCAACAUCGACUACCUGAUCAACACGGUUCUGCCCGCGCCGCGAACCGACAUGCGGAAUCUCGGGGCUCAGCGUCAAUGGUGGUUCGGCGACGCCAUUGCCAACCAACUGAGCGACGGGAGAUCGACGACCUUCUAUGAGAUGCUGCUGGGAACUAACCAGGUGGAGGCGCUGCCGUGGACGCGGACCAUGUUCUGUCAGGAAUACACGGGUCUGCUUGGCCUGCCGCCGCAUAUGGCGGUGGCGAGGCCGCAUUUCGCCGACGGGAGUGCCGGGUGCAGGCUGCGGGUGGCAGCAAGAAACGAGCUGCGCCGGAGAAUCCGCCCGCGCGGUGAUGGCGGGGGGCCUGCCGCCGCGCCGAUGAAUCUUCCUGGAGCGGCACCCGCUUUCCCUCCCCCUCACGCCCCUGCAGUGGCGCCCCACCCUCCUCCUCCUGGCGGAGGCCCAGCGUUCGGGGUCUUGCACCCCAUGAACCAGCUCGUGGCUCCGCGGGUCAACCCGCCGGACUUCGUGGUGCCGAACUUCUUUGCAUCGCUCAAGAUAUUCGAUAACCAGGAGGACGUGGGCCGGCAACAGCUGACGCAUUUCGGGGCGAUUGGGGCCCGGGCGAUCCGCGCGCUGCAGUACCAUCAUCGGAAUGAGGCGUACGAUGGGUGCGCGUACUCGUUUGGGUUGCUGGUCGUGCACGAUGAGAUCUCGCUGUAUGCGAUCCAUGCGAGGGAUCUGCAGAAUGGCAUCCCCGGGCGCAGCACGGGGUAUGUGAUGACGGAGCUGUAUAAGUUCUGCUAUUCGAAUUAUAAUGAUGCGGGCAAUGCGGAGUUUCAGGAUGGGAUUCGUGCGGUGCGGAAUUUGAGGGAUUAUGCCCGUGAUUGUAGGGAGUAUUUCUUGCAUCAGGCGGAGGGGCAGCAUUGA